GCAAGCGGGACCAUGCGGCGCCUGAGUCGCCGCCUGGUGCUGCCGAUCUUCGGGGUGCUCUGGAUCACCGUGCUGCUGUUCUUCUGGGUAACCAAGAAGAAGUUGGAGGUGCCGACCGGACCCGAAGUGCAGACCCCCAAGAUUUCAGAUGGUGACUGGGAUGACCUGUGGGACCAGUUUGAUGAGCGGCGGUAUCUGAAUGCCAAGAAGUGGCGUGUCGGCGACGAUCCCUAUAAGCUGUAUGCUUUCAACCAGCGGGAGAGUGAGCGGAUCGCCAGCAACCGGGUGGUCCCAGACACUCGCCUUUUCAGAUGCACCCUGCUGGUGUAUGGAGCCGACCUCCCUCCCACCAGUAUCAUCAUCACCUUCCACAACGAGGCCCGCUCCACGCUGCUCAGGACCGUCCGCAGCAUAUUAAACCGCACCCCUAUGAAUCUCAUCCAGGAAAUCAUAUUAGUGGAUGACUUCAGCAAUGACCCCGAGGACUGCAAACAGCUCAUCAAGCUGCCCAAGGUGAAGUGCUUACGCAAUAAUGAGCGGCAAGGUUUGGUGCGGUCCCGGAUCCGGGGUGCUGACAUUGCCCAGGGCACCACCCUGACUUUCCUCGACAGCCAUUGCGAGGUGAACAGGGACUGGCUCCAACCCCUGCUGCACAGAGUCAGAGAGGACUACACGAGGGUGGUGUGCCCCGUGAUUGAUAUCAUUCACCUGGACACCUUCAACUACAUUGAGUCGGCCUCGGAGCUCAGAGGGGGGUUUGACUGGAGCCUCCACUUCCAAUGGGAGCAGCUCACACCAGAGCAGAAGGCUCGACGCCUGGACCCCACUGAGCCCAUUAGGACUCCCAUCAUAGCUGGAGGGCUCUUCGUGAUGGACAAAUCCUGGUUCGACUACCUGGGGAAAUACGACACGGACAUGGACAUCUGGGGCGGGGAGAACUUUGAAAUCUCCUUCAGGGUAUGGAUGUGUGGGGGCAGCCUGGAGAUCGUCCCCUGCAGCCGAGUGGGCCAUGUCUUCCGGAAGAAGCACCCGUAUAUUUUCCCAGAUGGCAACGCCAACACGUAUAUAAAGAACACCAAGCGGACAGCUGAAGUGUGGAUGGAUGAGUACAAGCAGUACUAUUAUGCUUCCCGGCCAUUCGCCCUGGAGAGGCCCUUUGGCAACAUCGAGAGCAGACGGAACCUGAGGAAGAACCUGCAAUGCCAGAGCUUCAAGUGGUACCUGGAGAAUGUCUACCCAGAACUCAGGGUGCCCAAGGACUCUUCCAUCCAGAAGGGCAGUAUCCGACAGAGGCAGAAGUGCCUGGAGGCUCAGAAGCGGAAAGACCAGGAGAUCUCCAACCUCAAGUUAAGCCCCUGUGUCAAGACCGAAGGCAAGGAUGCCAAGUCCCAGAUCUGGGCCUUCACCUACACCCAGCAGAUCCUGCAGGAGGAGCUGUGUCUGUCAGUUAUCACCUUGUUCCCUGGCGCCCCGGUGGUUCUUGUCCUUUGCAAGAAUGGAGAUAAAAGACAGCAAUGGACCAAGACUGGCUCCCGCAUCGAGCACAUGGCGUCCCACCUCUGCCUGGACACAGACAUGUUUGGCGACGGCACUGAGACUAGCAGGGAAGUCGUCGUCAAUCCAUGUGAGUCCUCACUCAUGAGCCAGCACUGGGACCUGGUGAGCUCUUGAGGAAGCACUCAGAACGAGCAGGGGCCAUGGGGCGGCGCUUCCCUGAGUGAGACGCAGACUGGAAACCAGGCUGCAUGUGGCCGUAUGCUUAGCAGAAGCCCUGGAUGGGGAGAUGGAUGCAGAGCUCCCACCCACCCCCGGGACGGGAGCGGUUGUCUCAGGGAGGACGCAGGAAAAGAUGCAAGCCAGGAGGAACUCGGAGACAGAGCCCCGUGUUCUCAAUGCCGUUACUUUCCAGUCCUGGCCGGGUGUGCCCCGGAGUGGUGUCUGGAGGCAGAGAUCUGAUGGAAAGUAUUGAUGUUUGUCCCCUGUCUUACAAAAGAGGCCAGAGAAGAACAGCCUUCCUUGUCACUAGGCCAGGACUCCAGUGAAAGAUGAAGAGUGGAGGUUGUUUUCAAAACAAAUAAAAGAACCUUAGAAGUUU